UUUCAGAUUAAAGAAUGCUCGGUACAGUAUAUUGUGUAUGUGUAGUGUGUCUGAAGUAAACAACCGAAUACAUGGUUUCCUAAAAGUGUUGCAAUGGAAUCUACUAGUACUGAGAUAACUCUACUCAGCAAAAUAUUUGCCAAUAGUUCUACAGAAGAAACAUUGCAGGAGUUGGAGACCGGUAAACAUCAGGAUAAGGAGGAUAUUGAUUAUUUUGAAGAUCUAAAUAAUCUGGAAAAUCUGGAGACCCUACGGAACCUACAGAAUCUGGAUGAUUCAAAUGAUUUAGAAGAUUUAGAAGAUUUAGAAGAUUUAGAUGAUUUAGAAGAUUUAGAAGAUUUAGAAGACUUGCCGAUUAGACUUGAUACUCUUCCAAUUAUUAUCCUUCGACAAAUAUUCCAGUUGUUGGGCCCCGAGGAUAUGUUUAACCUCGGUCUGGUGAACCACAGAACUCUGAAUAUCCUCCACACACUGUCCUCCUGGUCCUUCACGGAGCAGUACAGUCUCCAGAAGAUUGCUGCAAACCUCAAGGUUAUCCGGAGAAUAGACCUAUCCGUUCCUGACCCACAGGGAUUAUAUACCCUGGUGCGGUCUCACCCUGAGCUGACCUGUGUUCAUCUGAACUAUUGUCCUUAUAUUUCUGAUAAAGAGCUAGAUCUCCUUCUCUCUCUACCCCUACUCACGGAGCUGGAGGUAUCUCAUGCAGACAAGUAUCUGACCGGGUCAGGAUUAGGAAUGAAGGAACCCAGAGCUCUGAGAUAUUUGGAUCUAUCAGGUUGUAAUCUCAUCACAGACUUUGGACUGGAGAGUAUUCUAAACAAAUGUAGAAAAGACUUGAAAUCAUUAAAGCUACGGGAGUGUAUGAAACUUACUGAUAAAGUUAUUUCAAAACUGUCCAAGCUUUGUCCUGCUAUAUCUCUCCUUGAUAUCAGUCUGUGCAAUCUGGUGACUGGAGAAGGUUUGGCUUCUCUGGCCUCUCUUGACCUUAAUACAUUAAUACUUCAAUCUUUAAACUUUCCGGUCAUUCAACCUGGCAUUCUCCGGAUAUCUAAACAAUGCCGGAACCUAGAAACUAUAUAUUUCUCUUGUUCUCUCGAGGUUUCUCCUGAGGAUAUAUGCCACGUCCUCAGCUCCUGCUCCGCCCUCAAACAUCUCUUCAUGUCCUACUGUCGGUCCUCGGAGGCCAGCUCUCCUUGGAGGCUUGAUCUCAACUCUCCUCUUCUCCGCUCCCUUGGGUUACGCGGGUGCAGCGGAUUGGAUGAAACGAGUAUUCAAUCCUUCUCCAAUAAGCACAAACAGUUGGAGUUUCUGGACAUAUCCAGGGUUAAUAUCAAUGAUGAUCAACUAAUCCAGAUCAUGUCUUCCAAUCCUGGAUUAGAAAUACUCAACUUGAGCGGAUGUCAGAGUAUCACGGAUAAGAGUAUUCUUUGUGUCCCUAAGCUAGUCCCUAAACUAGGAGAGAUUAACCUAAAGGGAACCAGGACAUCUAAUCAUGGUAUUCUAACUCUCCGCUCUGCUAGGUUUAUCAGAGUUAUUAAAUGUGAUCAUCUGUUGGCAGAAACUAGACAAAUUCUACUAAAUGAAUGUCCAAGAAUUCAGAGAAUAGAAUCAUUUUUUCACGCUGAGAUGUUUUAAGAGAGCUUUUAUCUUAUUAUCUUAUGGAAAAUUAUAUAUAUUUUCUUUUGACAUUUUUAUCUGUAUUGUAAAAUCCUUGAAAGCAUAUUUUAAAGGGACUGGUAAGCGUUAUUUCAAUUGACCCUCCAUGCAAAGAUGGCGUUGUCCGAUUCACAAUGGUUCCCAUGAAAGCUUCGUCCGAUAAA